AUGCAGAACUACAGCAAGCUCAACAAGUUGCCCACAAUCGUUGAAGAGGACGAAACAGACAGGGGCGACGGGUAUAAUGGCCCUACUUUCAGAUGUUCAGUUCAGAAGAUGUACUCUGUUAUUUCGCAGUUUGACCAGCAGAAACGAGAAAUUGUUAACUCUAUGGGUUGGGGUGGCACUCUAUCCAUGCCUCUCAUCAGCAACCUAAGCGUCAGGCAUAUGGUCUGGCUUCUGGGGAUGGUGGAUGAGGUCAGACAAGCCAUUGUACUGGGACCGAAUAAGGUUUUUAAGUUCAAUGAGAGUGAUGUUGAGAAGGUAUUCGGAAUCCCGGCAGCUGGAACAGAUGUCAUGGACAGAACUCUUGAUAGGAGUGACACUGUAUAUGCAUACUUGCGUGGUCGUUUGGGGAUAGAGAACAAGGAAGUAAGAAGUCUGAAGAGCAUACAGUCCAUACUGUCAUGUGACUACAAGGGGAAGAUGUCACAAACAGAGGUGGCUGCAUUCAAAACUGCGUACAUCGUAUUCAUGAUGACACAUGUAUUUGCACCGACAGUCAAGAAUGACUACUUCUACACUGAUUAUUGGCCAGCACUGGUCGACCCAGAUAGCUUGGAUAAGUUCAAUUGGGGAAGAUAUAUUGUUGAAGUAGUGUGUGCAGCCGCCGUUAAGAUGAAACAAGAUAUUCGCAGGAAAGCGACGGUGUCGAACAUAAUAGGAUGCCUGCUCUUCCUACAGGUUUUAUAUCUAGACAACAUUCAGUUGGGGGACUUAAGCAUGACACAUGAUGUGUUCCCCAGAAUUAAAGCUUUCACCGUGGAUAAAAUUAGAGCCAUGAUUAAUGCCGACAAAAGGCCAAUGGAUUCAUCGAAAAACGGAGAUUUCAUUUAUGGAAUUUCAGCACCACGGGAUGCUGAUAGUUCAGCAUAUUCUAGGGCAGAUGACGAAGAUAAUGCGCAACAAGGGGGGGAUGCUUGGGCAUGCGCAACCAAGAUUUGUGAUGCUAUGGGCUUGACGCAUCAGGCCAAACUUAACCUAUAUAAUGAGCUGACAGCACACCAAGAGGACAUCAUUAAACAGGUUGAAGUUAUGAAUGCAAAAUUUUAUGAGAAGAUAUACAGAAUGUUAAAUGACAACAGCUUUACACGUAAUAAGGGUGUGAUGCAUGCAUCCGGGUUGACGAAUGUAAGUAGAGACAACAAUGCCACGAAAUCUUCAACAGUGGAGGCUGAUAUGGCUUCUGAUGAUGUGAGCAGCCCAGAAAAGAGGAACGAUGAAGCUUUCGUUAUCCAUAUGCAAAAUAAACGCCCUCGUGUGGAUAUCGAUGCAACAAGCAACGCAGUAGCAUCACAACAUGGUGGGGGGAUGAGAUCUAAUUCUGAGAUGGAUGUCGAUCUCAAUGUGGCCGACCUGCUGGCUAGUACGCUUGAGGGGAACACAAUGGAUGUUAGGAAUCAUGUGAACACGGUUUGCUGGGACAAUGAGCCGAGUUUUGAUUUAGGUCUGGAUUUCACACCGUCAUCAAAGGUGGGCAAGAACAAGAGUUUCAGCUGUAGAUAUCAAGACGGUGGUUGUGCUUUAUUCGGAAAUAUAUCUGAUGGGGAUGUUGCUGACAUUAACAACGGAUCUCAAGGUGUUACAUCAUCAUGCGAAUCGUGGCGAAAUGAUGGCAUCACGGGUGGGAGUAGUGAUGGUCAAGGACCAAAUAAGUCAUCACACACCCCCAGCGCAUGUCCUUCAGACAAUUUGGGCACUCCUGCAAGUUCAGUAGCCGACUCUGUUCCUCCCUACUGGUACCUCAGUGAGCAGACAAGGUCGUCCUCACCGACAUCCGUUGAUAAAAUUAUUCAAGACUAUUUUGUAUUUGAGAAGGACACAAGGUUUACGGACAUUAUUAACCUCAACGCAAAGAUUUUGGAUUUCGACGUCAGCAACUCGCCUGUGGUCAAAAGGAGAACUGUGUCACACACAAACCAUGUGGCAGGGCCAUGCAUCACUGCAUUGGCCAGUCAUGACAAGAAGGUCAUAGACGAUUUUUUCUGCUUCGUAGCAAGUAUGGAAGAAUCACAUGCAGAGAAAUGGUAA